AGGCUGCGGUCUGGACGCGGCUGUCUCCUGUUCGGUGACAUUUGCUCGUACGCCGGAUUCGGACGCUCCUGGCACCUCUACGGGAAACGGGUCAGUGUUCUGGUUGCUCGGCGGCUCGCGGGACUUCCGUCGCUGACUGACGGAAAACAUCCGAGGCUGGGACCUGCGCGUGCCUACGCUCGAACCGCCAUUUGUGACUCCAGGUUCAGGAAGCGACGAGAGGACAGAGUCGGAGUAAAACCUCCUCCACCGGGCUUGGACUGGAGUCGUCCCCGUGGACAUGUCGGAGGUUUGGCGGACCGAGAACCGGCGCUGCAGCCGCGGUAGCUCGUGAGCAGUUAGCUCGGACACGAGCCUCUCAGCAGGUUGACGUGCUUUAGGGCUCUGUCCAGGCCCUGAAACUAGGCUAAAGGUGGCAUCUGUCCAAUGACCUGCCAGUCCUCUGAGUCCUCGGAAACCAUUCAGGAAGAAAGACGAGCCGAAGACGCCGCCGGUGCUGUGGAAUCGGACAAGAACUGCAUCACGUCGGCCAUGAAGGAGCUCAGAAACACAGGUUGGUACUGGGGCAGUUUAACCGCUAACGAAGCCAAAGAGAUCCUUCAGGAUGCCUCGGAGGGGACCUUCCUGCUCCGGGACAGCUCUCAGAGGGAUUACCUGUUCACCAUCUCCGCCAUGACGUCGGCAGGUCCCACCAACCUACGGAUUGAGUACAAACAUGGCAAAUUCAAGCUGGACUCUGUGGUGCUGGUGAAGCCCAAGCUGAAGCAGUUUGACAGCGUGGUCCACCUGGUGGAGCACUACGUCCAGCUGUCCAGGACCAGUGAUAAGGCGGCGGCAGCAACUAACUCUCAGCCAUCAUCAUCGGGGCUCAACGGCACGGUGCAGCUGCUGCUCACCAAACCUGUGUACACCGCCACGCCGUCACUGCAGCAUCUCUGUCGCAUCACCAUCAACAGGACGACGCGGCAGGUCCAGGAUCUGCCCAUACCCAACAGACUGAAGGACUACCUGAUGGACUACACUUACAACGUGUAGAUGAUGACACCCGUCUGACCACUGACCAAUCCCAUCAUGCCCUGCUCUAAAGGCAGCUGCAAUGAGCAGUGAGAUGGCAGGACAUCUCUUCUGAUGGAGGUUUACGCGACCUUUGAUUGAGCAUGCUCCGUGGUUCUGGAACCGACCCGGUGGAGGCAAACGGCUGGAAAACGCCCUGCCACGUUUCCUCUUUUACAAACUCUGCUCCAGUAAAAGAACUGGUAUGUCCCGUAUCAAUAAGUUCUGAUCAGACACCCAGAGGGGUUCAGCUCAUUCUGACAGAUCAAUAAUUAUUGAUCACUAUGGGAAUUUCCUGAAUUUAACAGAUGAACCCAUAGAUCUGUGAAAAAGUUUGUAUCUGCCCUGAAGAAAAGCUCCAGAAAAAGUCCCAAAAGAUAAAAAUUGAUUUCUGCUGUAAAUAAUUGAUAAAUCAAUAAUUUAUAGCAGCUUUAAGUUAUUAAAAUAAAGAGGCCAAAUA